GUACAGACCUCGAAUUCCUGCAAAUACAGCUCUCUUCCAGUUACCCUUUAAAAGCUCUGCAGUGCUUUGAUGUUAGAGGCAGUACAUUAAUAAUUAGAAUGCUGCAUGGUCUUUGGAUGGAGGGGAAGGUUUGCUGCCCUUGUUAUGACAUGGGACAUCUGACCAUGGAAAGUGGAAAUGCUGCAAUCUCACUGGAGCUUUCCUUAAGAGACCAGUAUAUUGAAUGCCAUGUUAUUUGCCUAGAAAUUGGAAAAGAGUGUAUGAGUUGUGGUGAAAAUCUGUUUCUCACAGCUGUAGGCAUGCCUGUAUCUGGUUUCACAGCAGAAACUUUUAACUGUUUUUUUUUUCAGCUGGUUAUUACAGUUCUUAGCAACGUAGAUGACUGAGUUUAAACUCCUGACUUCUGAUUUUCUGCUAACUUCUGUGCAAUUUUUUGCCCGUUUACAUUUACAGGAGAAAAGAAUGACAACAAAAAAAUCUCAUGGUCCUGAUGUCUGCAGCAGCGAGGAGGUGUCUAUGGGCCAUCCCUGGGUGUGGUGCAGUUCUGAGUCGGAGUCAGAGGACAGUGACUUGCAGUCUCUUCUCAGCUGGCAUUCAAGUUUGGAUGUGGAAGUGGGAAACUGGAGGGAUACCGAAGAGGUGGCUAUAGGGAAGCCAGAGGAAAGCAGCCAAGAGACAGACAGCAGGCUGGAGUUCAGUGAUCCUCUCUGGGAGGAUGAUAGUGAAGACUUCCAAAAGGCAGAGAGGCAAUAUGAAGAUGACAGUCUUCUCGAGUUCUUCUCAGAGAUAACCCAGUUGCUGGAACCUCUCCGCGUCAGCUGCACAGAUUCAGCAGAGACUCUAUGGGAUUGUUCUGGCUCUGGGAAGCAGGAUGAUGGGGAAGAUCUAAGAUGCCAGGAAGAGACCACCAGGACAGUUGUCUCAAGAGCAGAGGAAAGUCAGCCACGUGUCCUGGCAGAAGAUGAAAAAGAACACUUCCCAGGAAGAGAGGACAAGACUCAAGAGGCACCUGAAGAAAAAACUCUGUGUGAACCAGAUUCACAGGAGAUUAACCAAGCCCAGGAUCAAGAUGAUAGUGACUGCACUUCUGCAGACCCCAUGUUGGGCUCCACAAGCCCUGCCAACCCGCAGCUGAUGCAGUUGAGCUGGGAUAACCCCAUGCAGCAUUCUCAUUUCAAAAGAACUGUCCUGUCCAUCUGGAAGAUGAUAGCCAGUCAUAGAUGCAGUGGCCCGUUCCUGAAGGCAGUGUCAGACAAACAAGCUCCUGGAUACAGUGAGGUGGUGAAGAGGCCCAUGGACCUGACCAGCAUCAAGAGGGGUCUGGCCAAGGGCCACAUCCGUUCCUUGGCACAAUUCCAGUGCAGCCUGAUGCUCAUGUUCCAGAACGCCAUCAUGUAUAACGCCGCCAACCACCACGUGCACCGCAUGGCGCUGGAGAUGCGCCGCGAGGUGCUGGAGCAGAUGCAGAUGCUGGGCGAGGCCCUGCUCCGCUCGGAGCACCGCAGGUAG